AUGGAGCGGCAGGGGCAGCAGCAGCAGCUGCGCUUCGGGCCCUGGCUGCUGGAGGCCGUGAGCAGCGGGCAGUACCCGGGGCUGCGCUGGCUCGACGGCGCCCGCACCGCUUUCCGCGUGCCCUGGAAGCACAACGCCCGGAAGGACGUCUCCAGCAGCGACGUGCAGGUCUUCAAGGACUGGGCCAGAGCCAGCGGCCGCUACCAGCCCGAGCGGGAGGACCCGGCCCGCUGGAAAACCAACUUCCGCUGCGCGCUGCGGAGCACCCGCAUGUUCGAGCAGCUGCAGGACUGCUCCAAGAGUGACGAGGACCCCCACAAGGUCUACAGGGUCGUUGAGUCCCCGGUGCCCGAGGUCGGCGGACACAAUCCCGAUCCCGUGCAGGCGGCUGCCCCCUGCCCCCCGCAGAGCCAGCCGGUGCUGGAGUUGGACUUCAGGCUGCUGUCGCUGGAGAACAGCCCCCCGGAGGGGACACAGGGCAGGGCGGUGAUGGGCACAGAGCAUCUCGAGGCCCCAGGCCCCGCGGACGGCAUCGAGGCAGAGCUGGCCGCCCCGCUGGACGAGCUGCAGUGGGUGCUGCAGCAGUGCAAGCUGGGCCAGCCGGCGCCAGGCUGGGGCACGGUGCCAGGUAAGCGCCGCAGGCGCCAGCUCAGCGCUGCAGGCGCCAGGCGGCCCCGGAGCUUCCCAGCCCACCCGCCCGCAGGAGGGGACCUCUACGGCAAGGAGGUCAUGGAGCUGGCGGAGGUGCCGAGCGCUGCGGCGCAGCCGGAGCUGCUGCCGGACGCGGUGCUGCUGCCGGCCGCAGAGCUGCUCUACACCGACAGCGCCUGGGAGGCCCCAGCAGCGCCCUGCGACGCGGGACUGGUGCCCGCGGCCGACCCCGGGCCGGCAGCUCCGCUGCAGGGGAACACAGGCCUGGGCAUCCCCCCCACGCUGGACAUCAGCAUCUUCUACCGUGGGACGCUGUUCCACCGCGAGGAGGUGAGCAGCAGCCGCUGCCUGCUGGCCUACCAGGGCGCCGAGGGCGCCGCGGCCCUGCUGCCGGGCCUGCCCUGGCUCGUGCGCUUCCCCAGCCCCGCCGGCCUGGCCGACCACAAGCAGCGCCGCUUCACCGAGGAGCUGCUGCGCAACACGGGGCUGCUGCUGGAGCUGCGCGACAACAAGAUCUUCGCCCAGCGCCUCAACAAGUGCAAGGUCUACUGGGCGCUGUCCGAUCAGCUGGACGCGGGCAACCUCUCGCCCAAAGUGCUGUGCCGCAACCAGGAGACGGAGAUCUUCGACUUCGUGGCCUUCUGCUCGGAGCUGACCGACUUCCGUGACCACCGCCGGAAGCGCUCGCCUGACUUCACCAUCUUCCUCUGCUUCGGGCAGUGCCUAUCCAACACCAAGCCCAAGGAGUCCAAGCUCAUCCUGGUGAAGCUGGUGCCCAAGUUCUGCGAGUACUUGCGCGAGCAGGUGCUGCGGGAGGGCGCCUCCUCCCUCAACAGCAGCAGCCUCAACCUGCAGCUCUCCAACUCCUUCAGCCUCUUCGAGCUCAUCGAGCAGUACAACAUGCAGCUGGACUGAGCGCUGGCAGCACCCUGGGCUGCCCGCCAACUCCAGCACUUCUGGAGGCUGCAACCAAGUCACGGCCUCCGCUCGGUGUCGGACUCGGCGCUGGAGCCUGCCCCCGGAGCGGCAGCGUUGGGGCG